GCUCUUCACCUGAAUUUCGAGAUGUUGCCACCACGUUUGUUUAUAUUUAUUGUGAGACAAAGUGGAGGGAGAAGAUCCAGCGUUUCUUAGUUCCAUGUUUGUCUCAACAGCUAAUUCCUUAUACUGUUGACCUGGUGGUGAAUUAAUUGCAUCUACAUCAAUUGAAGGACCAGGAUACAACACUAGAAUAUCUCAAACAUCAUGUCUCUGGGUCAACUCACUGCAAACUACACAGACUCUGAAGGUGACGAUGAUGACCAUAUGAGUGAUGACACCUCUCACAAGUCCUCUCCCAUGGGGGUGACUAGAAUUUCAGAACUACGUGAAGAAGGAAGUCGUCGAGGGACUCCAUUCAGUAUAGAAUCAGGAGGCUCUGGCACAAACACACCACAGAAGAAGCUUAGCAGACUAGUUUCUUAUGCAAAUGAAGAUGAUGAGGAUGGGGAAGAUAUAGACAGAGAUGGAGAAGAGGAGGAACCAGAUGACAUAUUGAACUCGGAACCCAUGGACACAGGCACAGAUGAGGGCGAGGAUGACAAAACAAAACUUAAAACCCAUGGGGUCAAGUUACCUGCACCACCACCUGGAAAGUGUCCCCAGCACUUACAGGAUAAAGUGAAUAGGUGUUUGAAUGAGGUGCAAAGAGGGAACAAGGACUACAAUGCCAAGAUUCAAAAUAAUAAAGAAUUUCGAAAUCCUGGCAUUUAUGAGAAGCUAAUAGACCUUUUACAACUUGAUGAGAUGGGGACAAAUUAUCCACUGGAUAUGUAUGAUCCACACUGUUGGGGUAAGGAGUCAUAUUAUGAUGAAUUAGCACGAGUACAAAAAGAAGAAAUGGACAAGAGAGAAAAGGAACGAAAGGAUAAGACAAAGGUGGAUAUUAUCUCUGGGACCAAGAAGCCAUUAGAAGAGGAAGCAAAGAAACGAAAGUCUAGGUUUGAUCAGGGAGGUCCAUCUAGUAAUAUUAUCAAGCCCAUGGUUGCCCCUCCGACCCUCACAUCUGUACCAUCAGGAACUAAAGCAACCAUAGAUGCUUUUGGUAGCCUCAAAAAAACUAAGUAAACUAGACAGUAGGUUUCAUUAGGUACUGUAUUGUGGUCUUGACUUCAGUACUGUAGUAGGCAAUCUUUAUUACAAAACUGAAAUGGUCUUGAUAUAAUUUUUUAUGCAGUGGCCUUUCAGCCAUCACCCGUUGAAUAGCCUGGUAGUGUCUGCAGCCGGGACAGCUACAUAGACUUCCAGGCUAUUCAGCUAUGAACCCAUGAGCCAUUAACGGUUGACUAGCAUGGAAGUCUACGCAGCCAGAACUGGACGGCUGCAUAGAAAACCAGGUUAUUCAACCAGUGAUGGUUUAUGGCUUAUGGGUUCAUGGCUGAAUAGCCUGGCUAUCUAUGUGCCUGUCAUAACUGCUUAGAGUACCAGACUAUUCAACAGGUGACGGCUGAACAGCCACUGCAUUUUUUUUAUUAUCCUAUUGAUUGAUAAAAUUUUCCUUCAGGAACCUUCAAAUAAAAAAUUAUGUCCAUAAUGACAAUUUCAACCCAUGUAGAUAACUUAAAAGUGGAAUUGGUCAUAAUCUCAAUGAUAAUAAAAUCUCAAAAUAUUAUGUUUCUUUAUGACAAAUUCAAUACUCUUUUUCAGUAAAAGCUAUACAUUAUUGGAUAUAGUAUCAUAUUAUAUUUGUAUAUUUUACAUAAUGUAAAAAUAUAAAAGUAUUUACAUAUCUACACAUGAACCUGAAAGAAAAAACUUCUUCCUGUAUACAGUACAUAUAAAAUCUCUAUAGAUAAAACAAAUAUAAAUGCUGGGUGAUUAAAUGUAUACUUGUAUGGUCUUUAGCUACCAAAGAUUCAGGCCAUGAUAAAUUUCUUCACAAGGAGGAAACAAGGCUGUUCCAGAAUUCAGACACCCAAUUGGGAGAUUCCAUUUUAAGGAGAAACUCAUAAAAAUCAAAUAUACUCCCUUUUCAGCACUAAUUUCAUAUUGAUGUACCUUAAAUUAAUAGCGAAUCGGUAAUAAUUUUAAAUGUAAAAUGAGGGUGCAUGUAAUUAGAAGUAAAUACUAAUGCACAGUCUUAGAGAUGAAGUUCAAUCCUGCAAUAAAUAAUGAAAUGAUGCCUUAAUAUUAUAAAAUCUAGUGCCAGAGCAUUGCACACAUUUUGUCAUUUACAUUCAUACAAACUAACUGACAUUUCUAUACAUGACUUCUAUUUUUUUAUUUAUAAUGUGGUUCCUCUAAGAUAAAUCAUUUAUCUCCUUUGCCCUCAACUUAUUUCAUUUCUGUAAUUUAUGAAUCCUUUACAAAACUUAAUGUAACCAAGCAUAUGGUUUCCACUGAGGAAUUAUAAUCCUUCGAAAAUAUGAUCUACAAACUGAGCCGAUACAUUAAAGACUACCUGAAAAGUCUACAAUUAUCUAUUGCAAGGUGAAUCUUUUCAGAAAUAUUUUAUUUUAUGCAAUGUGACACUCCAAGAAUAAAUUGUUUUUGUGGUUCA